GCAAUGAUAAUCAAAAUGGCGGCCAAGAUGAACAGAGAGACAAGCACAAAGGAUGUUGUUAACAGUAUUCUGGAUGAUUAUGAAAAAUUAACCCGGCAGCUCUUUGAAAAUCUUUCUGUCUUUUCGUUAUAUCGAGGGAAAAACGACGCCUCUGAGGGAGACACUACUGAGAUUGUAAAUAAAUUAACAGAAAAAGAUAAAGAACUGCAAGCAGCAAUCAAAAUAGCUAAAGAACAAAUGGAUUGUCAACUUCAAAUUCAAGUCACUAAAGAAAAUAUGGCCAAGAAAGAUCAAGAAAUUUUGAGACUUGAAAAUCAGUUAAAAGAAACUGAGCAGAUAUUGUCACAGGCAGUUUUCCAGGCCAAAAAGAAGUUAAAAGCAAUAGAACAAGCCAAUAGAGGUUCUGUGUCUUCCGAGGAGCUUAUCAAGUAUGCUCAUAAGAUAAGCAGCAGCAGUGCUGUAGAAGCACCAACAACUUGGAUGCCAGGUGAUCAAGGACGACCUUACCCACUAGAUAUAGAGAUGAGGUCUGGACUACUUGGUAAACUUGGGGAAGGAUUAGAUACUAUUCCUGCCUCUACCCUCACUAUGGAUGGGACAUCAAUGGCUACAACCACAUCCUUAGCUGAUGACGGUAUCAUAAAUGGUCAAUCAACAGUGGGUUUAUCAUGGCAGUCACAUUUACAAAGAUUACCCAAUACAAUAGAGCAAGACACGACUAGUGAUGGGAACAUAGGAGCUGCAAAUGGCCGGCCAGAUCACGCGGUAACAGAAGAAGCAGAAAUCAUGUCAUCAUCAUCAUCGUCCUCAUCCAGUGACAGUCCUUAAUGAUGUUAUCUUUGAUUUUGUGCCGAUAAAUAACAAUUAUAACAGUAAUAUUAAACGCGAUUGCUAAAUAGCUUAUAGAAAGGUAGCCCUUUUUAUUCGUUUAGUUUGUUAUUUACAUGAUACAUCGAAGUACCACUCAUUCACAAAGAAAUAGGCUUGGGAACUGAAUAAAGAGAUGAAGAUAGGAUGGGAGACAACACCCCAUUUGUUUAGUUUGUUAUA